UUCAGACGAUGAACUUGAUUUCACCAUCCACUGUGCUAAUCAGAAGAGAGUGCGAGUCCGGCACAGCUCAGUAUCAAGUAAAGGCUCAUCAGCCGAGUCUGAUUUUGAGAAAGAGAUGAACGAGGAAUUAGAUCGGAGAGUAACAGCACUUGAGGAGGCUCGGAAAUCAGGACAGACAAUAUCAGGAAGUAAAAGUGGAGAGACUUCAAAACCAGGAACCUCUAGUGAACGGAGUAAACAGGACAACGGGUUUAACGAUGAUGUAUAUUUCGACUCAGAUGAAGAGGACAUGAUUAAAGGGGGGGACAAGAAGAAGAGAGAGAAAUUGGAGAAAUUGACGAACGAUGACCUUUUAUACGACCCUGACCAGGACGAUGAUGACCAGCGCUGGGUGGACAAUCACCGGCGGUCACUCAUGGCCAGGGACAGGAAAGCCCCCAGAAAACUGCCCACUAGUGAUGCGGUGCUGGAUUGUCCCGCCUGUAUGACCACGCUGUGUCUGGACUGUCAGAAACAUGAAAAGUAUCACAACCAAUACAGAGCCAUGUUUGUGAUGAACUGUCAUGUGGACUUUAGUGAAUUACUGAAACAACCACCACAGAAAAGCAAGAAAAGGAAAAGACAGCAGGGCUCACAAGGUAGUCAGCAGCAGGAGGUGGAGAGUUCCACAGAGGAGGAAGAAAAGCUCCAUCCUGUGAGGUGUACAGAGUGUAACACAGUGGUUGGCGUGUUUGAUACAGACGAGGUCUAUCACUUCUUUAAUGUCCUUGCUGGUCACUGAUAUUCUGUAGUACAGGAAACAAGAGGUCACUUGUUUAAAUUCAUUCUAUGGCUAUUUCAGAAUAAUCUGAAAAAGAUUCCAUUCAGAGAAUUUGGCUUAUAGAGAAACCUAUGAACAUGUGGUCACUUUGUCAAAAGAGUCAGUCGGGAAUGUUUUUUAGAAAGUUACUUCCCUUUGAUAUGUUUGAGAAGUGGCUAAAUAUUUUCAAAACUCUAUUCCUAUGGAAAUUAUUUCAGUAAGACAACAGAAUUAUUUCCAUAAAUAACCGGUUGAUAAUUUACAGCUUUGAAUAGUUCAAAGCUUUGGAUGCUGAAACGCUCUAACUAGAAAUUGUAGCCAAUUUACUAAAUCAAGUUUUCAUUUGUUUAUACGAGGGUCGUUCAAUAAAUAAUGCAACAUGUCAUCUAAAAGUAAGAAAAGUACGUAAUACAUAUUCUUAAUAGUUUCAAUCCCCAAAGGCAUUCCCUGUUACUAGUUACAUGUGUCUCAAGUCUUUGUGUCUAUGAACAGAAAUCCUCAGCAUACUCAUCUUUAGGGGUGCCCCAAAGGCACUGAGCAAUAUCAUUUCACAUGACAUAUCUAACAUUGUACAAUCUUCCUUUGAUUGUUUUCAUGUGUUUUGGGGACAAAAAGAUCUCACAGUUGCUGCGAUUAAAAUAAUAUGGGUAAUUGAAAAGUCAUGUUUUCUUUCUUUUCUUCAAAAUUUUAUUUUUUCUCUAAGAGUAUAUCCAGCUGCGUUGUUAAGCACAGGGAAAAUACAAUGGUCACCGAAUUUUGGACUUCCUUUGCAAAAAAUCUAUUCAACUUUCCUUUAUGCAAUUUGAAGAUAAAACUUACUAUUGCUUGUACUUUAUUUGGAUGUAUGUUCAUGUUUUAAUUGACCUCUUUAAAUACAUGAAACUAAUUAAACAUGUUUGCAGCCUUUACUUCUCUUUAUCCUAAUUAUAUGACACCCUUUUC